GCUUAUACAGACACACACACAUGCUGAAACUCUCUCGCUCAGAGUGAGAGGUGAUUAGAGGAAGAGAGGAACAGUAUUUCUAUGAAAACAGAUCUCAUACACCUGUAAAGGUAAACAGUGCAUGCAAAAAUAGUAAAAUAAAGUGUUCUUUUCAAAAUAAGAUACAGAUUGUAAAGAUGGAUACUCUGAAGCGAUGGAUGACGGACUGGAAGUAUCCGACAUCUCUUUUAUGCAUCUAUGGGUUCCUCAGCACAGUAAAGCCCUUAGAACCAUUUCUCAUUCCAUUCCUAACUGGACCAGACAAGAACCUAACCAUUGAGCAGGUAACCAAUCAGAUAUUCCCAGUGUGGACGUACUCUUACCUGACAGUGCUGGUUCCUGUCUUCCUCCUCACUGAUUGGCUACGUUACAAACCUGUGGUGGUCUUCCAGUGUUUAGUCCUGUUCGCCACCACGGCAAUGAUACUGUGGUGUAAUGGUGUACCAGAGAUGCAGGCCGUGCAGUUUACAUAUGGAGUGGUGACGUCGUGUGAUGUUGCUUACUUCACGUACAUCUACAGCAUGGUGGAGUUCAAGCACUACCUGAAAGCCACCUCGUACUGCCGGACCGCACAGCUGCUGGGAUACACUAUUGGUUCAGUAUUAGGCCAGGUCCUAGUCUCUUUUGAACUGAUGUCCUACAGCUACAUUCUAGUGUUUACACUUGUUCUCACCGGUGUUGCGUUGAUCACCUCCAUUCUUCUUCCAAUGCCUAAGACAAGCAUGUUCUUCCACCAAAGGAGAAGAGCUAGUGGAGAGACUGAUGGUGAAGGGCAUGUUGGGACAGUUAAACCUCUGGAACGCAAGGAAGUGUCAAUAACAGAGGUGGAUCUUCAGAGCAAUGACCAAAAAGAUGGUGUAGAGGUGGAUGGAUCCAGACGGCAGCAGGAAACACUGGAAGGUUCCAGUGAUAAUACAAGUGCAAAAAGUUCCAAGACAGGUAGGAAAGGUGGCUGUGGUGAUGUUCUGCUCCGGUUGUGGAGGGAUUUCCUGCAGUGUUUCUCCUCCCGUACACUGCUUAUCUGGUCAGCAUGGUGGGCACUGUCUACCUGUGGCUACAACCAGACGGUGAACUACGUCCAGUCACUGUGGGAGCAUGUGGAGCCGUCUAAUAACUUCACAGUGUACAAUGGAGGAGUGGAGGCCCUCUCAAACCUAUUUGGGGCGACGGCGGCGUAUGGUAUCGGGUUUUCAUCUGCAGACUGGUCUCGCUGGGGUGAGAUGGCUCUGGGUGCGCUCUCUGCCCUGGAGGGUGGUGCUCUCUUUGCAAUGGUCUUCAGCGCCAACAUCUGGGUCUGCUACUGUGGCUACAUCAUUUUUAAAAGCCUGUACAUGCUGCUCAUCACCAUUUCCAUGUUCCAGAUAGCAGCUGGGUUGAACAUGGAGCGUUACGCCCUUGUGUUCGGAGUCAACACCUUCUGUGCUCUGGUCUUUCAGACAAUCAUCACCUCAGUGGUGGUGGAUAGCAGUGGGCUUGGUCUGGAUAUUGUCACACAGUUUACUGUCUACGGGGGAUAUUUUUCUGUUAUUGCCAUCGUUUUCUUCUUGAGGGGUUUGUAUAUUAUAAUGUGCCGAAAACCUGAGAUGGAAACACAGAGAAAGAAUCCAGAAGAAACUUUAAAGGAAGAAAAUGAUGCUCAAAUCAUCACUGCAACAGAAUUCUGAACAAAAGGAACAGGAAGUACAAGAAGUUUAAGCCAUUACACUCGAUUAAUAAACAAACUUUUUUUUUU